UUUUUUUUUAUUUUUUUUUCUCCAGUUUAAUACAAUCACUUUAUAUAUAUAAAAAAAAAAGCAAGCAUGGUGCUUCAUAUAGAGCAAUUUCCUAGCGUUAUUAUAGAAAAUUUAGCUUAUAUUUUAGAGCCUAACGACUUAUUUCAACUUUCUCUUACGUCCAAAACACUCUAUCAAGUUUUUUGGGCCAGUAAUAAUCUUUGGCGAAAUAAAACUAUUCACGACUUUGGCGAUUUAUUCCAAAUUUAUACCAUCUUCACAACUGCUACAGGUCUUACUUUAGACCCUGCAUUAUCCGAAAAGUUUAGUAAAGAGCCUACUGAUUGGUGUCACUAUUAUAUUCAAAAAAAUAAUAAAGCAGUAAUUGAGGCUAGUGUUGAUAACGAUACAGCAUUAAUGGACCAAGCAGAUGUUGAAUAUGCUAAUGCAAGAGCACAACUUGAAUCGUUUCAAGAAAACGGCAAUGUAGAUAUAUUAGUGCAAGUAGCAAGUAAAAUGAUGUGGAUUUUAGAUGUUUUCCCUGCACAUGCGGGCUGCUAUUAUAUUCUUGGCUUUAUUUUAUUUGUAUUGAAUAAACUUGAAGAAGCAGUUAUUUUGUUACAAAUGGGUCGUGCUGUUGAUCCUACGUUUGAACCUAUUGAUGGUAAAGCUCUUGAUGGAAUUUCAUGUUAAUAUUAAAAUUAACUUUUAUUCUUAGAUUUGGAAGAAGAGAUUGAGCGAAUCGUGAAUGGUUAUAAAGGUGAAGAGGAACUUCUAGAAGACAACCAGUUAUCAAAAGUAUUAAAAGAAGUGCUCGAAGAAAUCUUUAAUAAAUUUGACCAAGAUAAAGAUGGAGCAUUAAAUACAAAGGAAUUAGACAACUUUAUUUUUACUACCAACGGUUCACAUCCACCACCUGCAUUUUUACGUCAAAUGGGAUUACGCUUUGGUGCCAAUGCAAAAGGAUGGUUAACGAAAGAAGGCUUUUUAGAAUUUUAUUUAGAGCAAACGUUAGAUGAUCCAUCAGAAACUAGGAAUGAUUUAGGCACUCAUGGCUAUGAUCCUCAAACUUUAAGAAAAAAAAUGGAAGAAUAAUAAAUACUGUAUAUAUUAUAUAUAUAUAUAUAAAGAGUUAUUGAAAAAAAAAAAGAUUAGUCCUAUAGAUAAAGUAUGUAAAAAUGAAAACUGAG